AUAGUUCUUUCAGUUCUAGCGUAGCCGUGUACUCGAACAGUUGGUUAUCAAUUCUGGCUUAUAAUGAUAAUUAAAAUACUCGUCUUCACUUUCAUCUGCAGUAUUUCAUGGACUGGGGAUUUUGUCGAUGCAAAACCUCCGAGUAUAUGUCCUGGGGUACCGCACUACAACAUUGUUUCACCUCACGAUGCGAUCGUGCAGGAGUUGCAACGCCGUGGUUUCAAUCUGGAGAACAGUGAACUCGAUAAACUUAAAAUACUCCAAAUAUUCAGUUUUAAUGCUGCAAAUGAAGAAAGGGGUUUAAAAAUUGUCCAUGGAUACCUGCAGUGCGUAGAUGAAGUGAUAUCGAGAGAAAUCCAGGAAAACAAAUACGAGGCUUACCUCGAUUGCCUGAAUAAAAAUGAUAAUGCUAGACUUUUAUUUGCGCACUGAUGCCUGAUAAGUGUUACUAGAGAAAUUGUGAAACCAACAAUAAAGAAUUAAUCUCGGAAUUUCCUGGGGAGUUAUCUGGGAAUGCCGUACGAAGAUACAGCAUUCAAUGUUUAUUUAACCAUUUCAUGUCGUUACGAAAAUGGAACUUUAUCUGUUAAUUGUGUCACGUAUUCCAACAGAUGUACUAGAUUGUAAUUACGUAAAUAUUGAAAGCUGGACCAUUUGGGUGUUCAAGAAAAUGUAUUCGUCUCCGAUAUUUCCUCAAUUUAAUGAUAAUUGAUGCAAAUGAUAGUCCACAACAUUUGUUCUAGAUAUAAAUUGAAUAAACACUCAAAACAACUCAAGUAA